AAAUUAUGCUGCGCGUUCGUUUCACAUCUUCGUGUUGACUCCCCGCGCUUUGGUGGUGGUUUCAGUGUUGGUGCUGUUGAUGCGCCAGCAUAGUUGGACAAAUCGCAAACUCUCUACUUGGCGUUUAGUUUACAACGAAACUUCGGCGCGUCAAGACGAGUGUAUUAAAUGACCGGUUUUUUGAUUAUAUACUGCUUGCGCUUUAUUUCGUGCUUCUGCGCAUGCGCGUGGUAGACGCUUCUUGUUAUUUUUGCACCUUUGUUGAUCGAUCAACGUUUCUAGUGUAAAUACUUAAUAUAGCGUCGCGUUUUCUAAGCGGAUUUGUUGCGUGCGAAUGCAGAGCACGUAAUUAGAACGCGCGAUCGCGCCGCUUUGUCGUGUAUCACAAUAAUUGGCAUUGACAAUAAUUGCUUGCAUGCAGGCGGACGUACGGUUAACCGACUAUUCGGGGCGCGUUUGGUGUGUUCGAUUUGCAAUUUAGUGCGAUUAGCUGCGCGCGUGCAACUGAGUGUUUGUGAUAGCACUAGAUUUGUGUUGAUUUAUAAAAAUUUUACUAAACAUAGGCGUGGCGCAUUUAGAGCGGCCAACUUAAAUAAGGGGUUGUGUGUUAUCGCGUUGAUCGCCACUUGUUUAUUAUUGUUUAAAACGCAAAAAAUAUAUUCAAACCUAAAAAUCGUGUUUAAGCUUUGACAACAAAUAAAAAAUGUCACAUGCGCUGCAAGCGUUUAAGCUGAAAACGGCCGCGCAACCAAAUUUGCCGCUACCCAAAUCGUUGGGUCGCCGCGCCCAUUUGCUUGCCACGAAAAACUGGUGGAAACUGUGUUUUGUGUACGAUCAUGAUCCGUCGAAACUUUACCGUGAAAUCACUUAUAAUACAGAGUCGCAAAAAAUCGAAGACAUUAAAAAAGAUAAUACAACAACAAUGAAAACUACUGAGAAUACCGCUUCGGCGUGUAAUGCGGAGGCUGCUGAUUCAUUGCGCGCUGCGGCAAUGUCACCAGUGGAAAGCGGCAGCGCAUCGCAGAGCUCAUUAAAUGACGCUGCAAAAUUAUUUCCACGCAAUAUGCCGAGCGUGAGGCGCAGUCGCCGGCGUAUAGCUGCCAAAGCUGUAGCUGGUGAUGAGCCAGCGGAGAGCGCAGAGGCGCCAGCGAUUGAGAAGGAAUCACCGCAGAAGUCAAAAAUAUCAAACGCCGUUGUUUUGCAUCGCGUCGAUAGUAGCUGCCACAAAUCGAGCCUGUCACGCGUCACAAAGUUAACGCCGCGCAAAGUAAAGGCGCCACAUUGCGCGCGAAGUCGGCAAGAUGGUAAGCGCGAGGUGAGAGGUCACAGCAAAGAACGUAGAAAUAAAAGUAGAGCGUACGCGCAAAAUAAUAGCAGCGACAAGCCGCUUGCUGACAACAACGGCAAUUGCAAACAUGCGCUUGAUGGCAAUAAUGCGCCAGCACAGAAAGCGCACACAGCGCGUUGUCACAAGCAUAGCAAGCAAACGCUUGGCGCUGUGCAGCAACAACCAAAACAGGCGCCAAUAACUGGUACACCAGCACAAGGAACCGCGCGCCAGCAGCAGCCGCACUGUGAAAUUGCACAACAGUUCAAGCAAGCAACGCGCACACACCAACUCUUCGCCAAAUCACUGAAAUUGUCUCUGCUGCCGCAUGAGCUAUCACUCUGUGACGUUGGCGCGCUGUCGCAUACAUUGUCGGCCGCAAGCGCAUUGUCAUGCGCGGUCACCCAAACUGCCGAUGCUGAAUACGCGCAUAACCGCUUGGCCGCAAUCGGCGCAUUGCCAUCACCCUCUGCCGCCUCACAGACACAUUCACAACAAUCCAGUCUCAUUAGCUAUGAUUUGAGUCGUUCCACAAGUCGCCUAAGCUGCUUUGAGUCAUUACCAAAUGCGGCUAAUGCCGUAACAACAGCGACAACAAAAGCAAUGGGUAAACAGGCGCUAGCAAGUCAAUCGCUUGCGACUGACAAACUAAGUCACCGACCGCAUCACCAACAUAUGGAUGACACAUUUCUGUCAUCGGGCAUCUCAUGCGGCGACAUGGAGACGCAAUCAGAAGCGAGUUGUGGCUCGCCGUUGCUACUACAUCUACACGAUGUCGCCAGCAACAAUGUUGCACAACUGCAUGUUACUGCUGAGUUUGGUGCGCAUAUGGAGGACGUUGAGGAUGCAUUAAUUGAGGCUGAGGUGGCACAGCUUACGGCCAAUUUACGGCGUGAUGAAGAGGCGGCAAAGCGACGUCUGUCAAAACGUGCCGAGGCAACAACAAAAAUGUUGCAGUCGAAAAAUGGUGUGUGUACGAGUGAAAGAAAUGCGACGUCGGUGUUGGCAGCAGCAAAGAAAGUCGCCGUUGUCACCAAUGCCAAAAUAAUGUCAACAACUACAACAACAAACAUAACAUCAGCAACUACAAAAACAAAAGCCACUUCAGACGUCUUACCACAAUCACUAAAUGUUGCCGAUCUACGCAAUUUGAAAGUUUGUCGCAAUCGCAACGCGGUGUGGAUGCUUUCGUGCGCCAACAACAACAACAGCUACAUAGCGCCCAUACCGGAUGAUGCGCAACUCAGCGAUAUUGAAGAGCAACUUGCGCGCUUGCCCACAUGCGAUGAAGUGGAUAUGUCUUGUGCGAUGACUGAAGUCCCAGCAAAAACAGUGGCAAGUGGCACAGCUGAAAGUGCAGUAGUAGCACUAACAGCAACAACAACCACACAUUCGUGUCUGCAGCAACAGCUCACGCCCAACACGUGGGAAACACAAUCCCUCCAGCAAGCCAGCUACACCUCGUUAGCUCAUCAGCAAUUGCUACUCGAAGUCACCAUGCAACAGCCGACCAAUUAUUACACACAAACCGAAAGUGAAUUGCUGCAGCUGGAAGCGACCGGUGGACAUCUACCCGAAUAUGAGCAAUUGCAGCCAGAAAUAGCAAUUGCACAAACGCAAAAUCUUGCACCAUCUCCAACGGAACCGCAACAACAACCGCCAGCUGUACUACAAAUAACGGCACUCAACAAUUUGGACCGUGCCACGCCAAACUCUUCCACAGCCGCCACACCCACACCGACCACUGUCAGCAAUUUGGAGGCAUCCUCGAGCAGCACCAGCAAUGGCGGUGGCAGCAGCAACAGCACAACGCCGCAACAUUUUGUAGCGCCACUACAACGUCGCUGCCAAGCGCCGCCACCAUCCUUGCCACUCAGUUCGAUUUCAUCACCGCUGCGCGCCGCCAACUACAAGACGGCCGCGUACCAUCAGCACCAGCAUCAUCAGCAACAGCUGGAAUUUCAGCGCAAUUCGCAGUCGGACGAUGAUAGCGGUUGUGCGCUAGAAGAGUAUACGUGGGUGCCGCCGGGCCUGCGACCGGAUCAGGUACGUUUUUACUUCUCACAAUUACCCGACGAUAAGGUGCCCUAUGUGAACAGUGCCGGCGAAAAGUAUCGCGUCAAGCAGUUACUGCAUCAAUUGCCGCCGCAAGAUAAUGAGGUGCGCUACUGUCACUCACUGAGCGAUGAGGAGCGCAAGGAGCUGCGCAUAUUUUCGGCACAAAGGAAACGUGAAGCAUUGGGACGUGGCGCUGUGCGUUUACUUUCCGACGAGCGACCAUGCAAGGGGUGCGAUGAACCAUUAUCCGCCGGUGACAUUGUGGUCUUCGCCCAACGUGUCGGCUCGCAGAUUUGCUGGCAUCCUGGUUGCUUCGUUUGUUGUGUUUGCAAGGAAUUACUUGUGGAUUUGAUUUAUUUUCAUCGUGAUGGCAAUCUCUAUUGUGGCAGACAUCACGCCGAAACGCAGAAGCCGCGCUGCUCCGCCUGUGAUGAGAUAAUCUUUUCGGAUGAAUGCACCGAAGCGGAAGGUCGCACUUGGCAUAUGAAGCACUUCGCCUGCUUUGAGUGCGAGCAUCAGCUCGGCGGUCAGCGUUACAUCAUGCGUGACGGCAAACCCUAUUGUCUCAACUGUUUUGAUACAAUGUUCGCUGAGUAUUGUGACUAUUGCGGCGAAGUGAUCGGCGUCGAUCAGGGGCAGAUGAGUCAUGACGGUCAGCAUUGGCAUGCCACGGAUCAGUGCUUUUCAUGCUGCACUUGUCGCUGUUCACUGUUGGGUCGACCAUUUCUGCCGCGGCGUGGCACAAUUUACUGUUCGAUUGCUUGCAGUAAAGGUGAGCCGCCCACACCGUCUGACACCAGCUCGGGACCUCAACUGCGUCCCACACAUCGCGCUAGCACAACAAGUCAAAUAGCGCGUUCACCGCGACCGGGUGCACGACAUAAGGUCAGCGGCGGUGGUGGUGGCGCGGUUGGCAGUAACGGUAAGAGUGCCGGUAGCGCCGGAGAUUUGCUGGAACGGCAGGCGCGUCAACGAAUGGAGGUGGGCAUUGAUCGUUUGAUGAUUGUGGGAAAGUUGGCAGCGGGUUGUGAGGGUAUUAUGCCGCCGCUACCUGGUGUACCACGCCCCGCGCAUCCACCACCUAUAGACCUCACUGAGCUCGGCAUAAGUUUGGAUAAUAUCUGCGCCGGCGAUAAAUCGAUAUUUGGCGAUCCCAGCAAUCUCACUUCCUCGCUGCCCGACAUGCUGAUGUCGAAGGGUGAGGACUCACACAGUUAUCAGAGCAUUGACAAGAUCAAUAUAAACUCACCGAGCGCAUCCGAGCUCACACAAAGCACGCAGGAGAUCACCAAUGAACUCGAGCUGGAAAAUGAUGACGAGAACUGUGCACUACCGCACGACAACUACGAGAGAUUGUUGAAUACGAAGCGGUCGCGCAAUAAAUCUGAUAUUGAUGAUGAAGACGAUCACGAUAACGAUGAUGAUGAAGAGGACCACAGCGAUGCUGGCGAUGAUGAUGGCAACGGACGUCCACACUUGAAGGAGGUUCGCUUUCACAGCGUACACGAUACCAUGUCACGUUCGAAGAGCUACACGGAUAGCACGAAUGCACGACGCCGACGCAAGAAACGCAACCAAUCGCGCAGCUCCUCGGAAAUGCAAAUCAAUCAAGCCAAUCUAAGACUGCACAAUGCGCAAACGAAUUUGACCGGCGUGCACAACAAUCUCGACAACUGCGACGCGGCAAGCGUCUGUUCCACUUGUUCGUCCAGCUCUUCCAGCGAUAUGGACGACUACUUGUAUCGUAUACCGGCGCGUAGACAUUACGGCGGCGUGCGUGUCUCCUACGUGCCGAAUGAUGCGAUCGCCUACGAACGUAAACGCAAACAGGCCGCCAGUGAACAUCAGCUGGGUAGCGGCGGAUCCUUGAUUGGCGGUCCAACAGCUUCGAUGACCGCAUCGACAAGUGGCGCCACGAGUGGUGGCGAUACGAAGAAUUGCAUAAUUUCAUGACAGCCUCCGAUAUUGCCGCCGCCACCGCUCAGUCUUGGCAGCUACUAUGUAUUAGAUACGAUCUUGGAGGAGCAACGUUUAGUCGUUGAAGAGAAGCCACCGGGUUGUUUGAGACGCGUUUGGCGCAUGUUAACCACCGGUGGUAAGAUUAAGAAAACGACAGCAGAUAUGCAGUGUGUUUGAAAGGGAUAUUUGAGAAAAUACAUUUGUUAAGAGAACAUGGAUGGAAAAUUAUAUAUUCUGUUCGGAGAAAUUUUAGAAGAAAAGAAAAAAAAGUUAAAUAAUUUUAAAAUUAAAAGGUUGUACUGAAAGAUAUUCUAAAGAGAACUGAAAACAAAAUAUGUAAAAGUAAUCUUACAAUCACUUAUAGAAGACCGAAAGCUCUCUUCACUCAAGUAUAUGUUGUUGUUUUCGAUUUUGUCGGUCUGUCCUCAUCACACAAUGUUUUUCGAAUAUGUCCUCUAAGAGUAAUUUGUAGUCUUGACUAACACAAUCAUAAAGGUUGUACAAAAUUAUAUUGAAAGAGCAUUUGUUCUGUAUAUAAGAAGCACUGAAGAACUUCCAUAUCGUAGUUGUAGCUGUAAAGCAAAAAACUUAAGAAUAAAAUAUUAUAAAAAUUAAAAAGAUAAAUAAAUAUCAAAUACGAAAAUGAACAAAAAGAAACACAUAUUUAACGAAACUUUGUACAAAAGAAACACACAAAUGAAUAUCGAUUUACACAGUUUUAUGUAUAAGCUUGUAGCAAUUAAGUGUCUGUAUUUUAUGUAUUACUUACAACAACUAUUAAAAACUUGCACAAAAUGUAUAUAAUAACUAUGUAAAUAUAUAAAUAUACAUAUACUAAAAGUUAUAUAUGAAUGUUUUAUUUAAAGACAGCAUGAGGCGAAGUAGAGAAAGAAGAAGGUGGAAAUAUUGAGAAUCAAAAUAUUGCCAGCCAUUUGAAAUCAAACGAAUUACAUUAACUUCGAAUACAGUCAAGGUCCUACUAAAAAGAAAUAUGAGUGUUACGAAAAACCUAGAUCCGAUUUCAUUACCGAUUAAUGACAACAAGUUUCUAUGAUCGCGAUUGCUUGUCAGCACGAAAUGCCAAACCUCCGAAUACAUUUUCGCGAAAAAUAACCCCUAUUAAAAUCUAUUAUCUCGUUGGGGUCAGUUUAAUUUUCAAGGUCUUCGAAACAGACGUACGCAUCGCUCGUUUCAUGUUCGUUUCUCGAGAUCUUCAUUGAUGUUGCGACCAAAGACUACUAUCGAAUAAUUCAGCUAGUAUAUCGAAACUCAUACAUACAUAUGUAUGUAUAUCGAAUAGGCUCAUCACUUUUACUCACCGAACCAAGCAUUACAUUUUUUAAUAUUUCGUCAUGAGCAUAAAUAUGAGAUCUCUGAUUCCAAUACAUUAAAAAAAUAAAUAUAUAAAAUAAAUAAAGUAAUAAAUAUUUGUUUGAUUUCAAACAGGCAGUGCAAAAUACAAUCACAUUUGAAUUAUGAAUAUAAAAGCUAUAAAAAUCUCCUAAAAGCACAACAAUAAUGAAUAACAACAACGAAUGGCGAAAUUCUUCCAUGGAAACACUAUAAAAGCAGGUCUAUGACAAACAAAUAAAAGCCUUCCAUCAUUCAAGUGUUCAAUUGUCGAUUUUUGCGAUAGAGAAUGGCUCGUGUAAGGUUUCACAAAAACAAAAAAAUCAAAAGUAUAGCGAAAAACAAAUUGAUUGGAAAUAAUAGAGCUGUUAACAAUGAAGCACAAAAAGUGAAAAAGCAACCACACAACGCACAAAAUACACUUCCAAAAUAGAACAAUAAAUGAAAUAUGUUACAAAGAGAAGGAGAGAAAUAAAUACACACACAUAAUUAAACCCACAUAUACAUAUGUAAAUAUUUGAAUGGUUUAUGAGUGUAUACAAAAGCAUGUAUGUAAUUAUUUAUUUAUUGUUUUGAUUGGUUGCGAAUACACACCCAUAGACACAUUAUAAAUUACAUGUG